AUGACUCAGAUGAUGGUGUUAGUUGACAUUAUUCACUACAGAUUCUCGGCUCUCAAUGCGCAGCUGUCAGACAUCAGCAUGGAGUAUAAUAACAUGCCACUUCAUGAUGUUAUGUCUAGACUGGACUCCGUGUUCCGACUUCACAACCCCAGCUACACGUCGUCGUCUGGGAUCUCAACGCUCACUACUAACCUGGUUCUGGUAUAUGUACCGAGUUGGAUCCCUUGUAUCUGGGAACUGAUCACAUUGCUCGUCCAGAUAUGCGUGUGCCAUGCUUGUGCACGGGAGGCCAACCGAUCUGCUCUUCUCGCUCAUCACAUCCUUCGCCCCGACACUCCCAUCCAACUGUGGGAGCAGGUCAGCCUCUUCUCCAGACUCACCUUACACCUCAAAGUUCGCUUCUCUGUGGGAGGUAUCUUCACGCUGGACCGCUCUCUCAUCUCAAAAUUGAGUGUGACUGCUCUGUCUUACCUCAUCAUAGCUGUACAGCUGAAAGAAGUAGAGUCUUACAUUGGUGGUCAGUCGAAGAGUAUUAACUCUACCUACAACAGUAACACAAGUCUACCAUGA